CGUAACCUCAUAAACCUUGAAAUCCUUUCUCGUCAACCAACUUUAAGAAAACACAAAUCUUUCGUCUGCGGGUCUAUAUCUCUCUCGUUCUUGCUGGUUCAUACUUUGUUUUUCUAUUUUCUUCAUUCAAUUUUCUGGAUGGCAACGAGGAGGAACAAAAAUAUACAAGCCAAGCUGGUACUGCUGGGGGACAUGGGCACUGGAAAAACCAGUUUAGUGUUAAGAUUUGUCAAAGGACAAUUCUUUGACUUCCAGGAGCCAACAAUUGGAGCAGCCUUCUUUACUCAGCUACUUUCUCUAAAUGAAGCAACCAUAAAGUUUGACAUAUGGGACACUGCAGGACAAGAGCGGUACCACAGUUUAGCUCCCAUGUACUACCGUGGUGCAGCAGCUGCUGUUGUAGUCUAUGAUAUCACUAGCAAGGAUUCAUUUGAAAGAGCUAAAAAGUGGGUGCAACAGCUCCAAAGACAAGGAAAUCCAAAUUUGGUGACUGUUUUAGUGGCCAAUAAGGCUGACUUGGAUUCAGAAAGAAUGGUGGACAAUGAGGAAGGAGACCAAUAUGCUAAAGAGAAUGGCUUGCUAUUCUUUGAAACUUCAGCAAAAACUGCUCAGAAUAUAAACGAGCUCUUCCAUGUAAUAGCAAAGAGAUUAGCUAGUGCUGCCCCAGCUCACCUAGGUGGAAUGAAACUAGGCAACAGAACAGGGGAAGGAGUGAGGAGACUAUUCUGUUGCUCUGCAUGAGAAUACAUUCCAUGAUGCAUCAUUGUUGAUCGUUCCCGACCAUUUAGGUGCUCUUUGCUUUAUCCUACAGGAGAUACAUGAUAUAUAAUGAGGCCCUUCAUGACUGAAACAGGGUACAAGUCUAAGCGUGAGUAAUGAUUAUGGUCUUCGUGGUAUAGUACGAAGGUUAUUGUUUUACUACUCUUGUAUCGGAUAUCUUUAAUGAUAUGUGAACCUUAUUUGUGCUGUUAAUAUAAUGUAGUUAAUUUCAUGUGAA